CUUUCCUUUACUUUCUGCCUUUAUUCGCCUAUCUAGACACCAACUCGUCGGGCCACACACUCAGUGCCCAGCACACCUAGCGACGAUCUCCUCUUGUCCUUAUCUCCUGAUAGUUUUAUCCAGCUUUGAUUCAUUGAGUACGGGCUGCUGGACAGUGCUUCGUACCACCAUCGACUCCGUGACUAUCGUUCGAGCCGCUUCUUAUCGCUAUUGUUUUUGUUUCUGGUGCCGCCGCCCAGUCGUUUUCGGUUUCUCUUCAAAAGGCUGCCUAUUUCUUAAGCCUAUCUGACCACCAUGUCAACUCAAUCACCCAACCCUCCGACGCCAAAGGGCCCGCGAAACAAUCGACGCAACUCCAAGAGGAAUAUGACACCCUCUACUCAGAAAGUCGCUAUCCUGGCAACCCCUCCCUCGUCACCGCCAAGGAACUCCAGUCCUGGCGGGACCGCCACCGAUUCCUCUAUCAAUGUCAACGCCUCCAAGAAGAAGAACAGUCGGUCUGGCAAGAAGCCGCGCGACGCAUCCAAAGCAUCGCCAGCACCUAAUGGACACCGUCAUACUACUUCUCAACCUAAUAAUACCAUCGCCACUCCCCAAGUGAAGGACAGCCCCCAUUACGCCGGCCCGACUUUCCAUGCAUCUCCGGCACCGUCAGCACUGCCUAUUCCCAGUUUCUUCUCCAAGUCUCUACCAGAGUCCGAUCUCGCACCGACCAUAGAAUCCGACGGUGAUCACCUUGAUGCUGAGCCGGAUCUGGAGAACACCCCCUCAAAACCGAAGUCGCGCCCACAAUUCCAAGAGGAAGCGCGCCAGUCAACACCUUUGGAUUUUCUCUUCAAAGCUGCAGUCGAGGCCAGAAACCCCCAGCAGCAGCAGCAGCAGCAGCAGCGAAGCCCCGAAGCAAGCAGUCGGGUCCGGUCGCCACAAACUGAUUCUAAGACCCUUCAGCACCGUAAACCCAAUGGCACUGCCGGUGGGCUCUUCCGGAUGGAGAUGGAAAGCCCGGAGUUCCAGCAUUCACAUAUUGGGCCUUCCUUUGCGACCCCUUACAAAGACCGCAUGAACGCGUUACGGUCGGCCAGCUCACCUUCUCCUCCGGUGUGUGAUUUCGAUGAGCAGGAGAAGAGAGCUAAAACCGAAGCUUUGAAAACUUUGUUGCUCAAUCCUCGUCCCCAGAGGCCUUCGUCCGCAUCUAUCACGGCUCAAGAUCACUUCAACCCAGUGAUGGAGCGCCCUGCUUCAAAUCCCGGCUUACCUCACUUUGCAACGCCAGUAAGAACGACUUCGGGACCGCCCGCUUCUAUCUCGCAUGGCAUGUCGUAUGAUCAGAAACAAACAUUCGUCGGAAAUGGCCGGCACUAUUCCUCAUCCUAUACACAUUCGAACGCUGCUCAACAAUAUCACUUGCAAAACUCUCCCUUGCGGAAAGAAGUCCUUACUUCGAGAGUUGAAAACAUGCCGAGCGUUCAUGGCCAAGCUUUCUACCCUCCAGCCGCGUACGAUCAGCCCAAAUCUCCGCCUAAGUAUGCACAAUAUCCGACGUAUUAUUCUCCUCCGCAACACCAAUCUCCUGUCUCACGGAGCGUGUCAGUGAGCAACAACGCGCAGCCUUAUGACACGAAGAAGAUUGAAGAUGAUCUACGAAGGAUCUUGAAACUCGAUGUAAACCCUACCAUGCCAGCCAACGGCAUGCAAAGCUCCUUCGCCUGACGCGACUGUCAUUGGCAUUUCGUGAGGCCUUCCUUCCUUCCGUUGAUUUCCUAUUUCAUCCGUUCAUUUCACGAUAUCAAGUUUUCAGAAAGGGCACAGUCUUGACGAACAGUGCUGGGGACACUAGCUGAAUCCCACUGGCCAUGUGAAGCAUGGUCUCAUUUUUACUGGGCUACCGCAACUUACGUUCACAUCCUAAUCAUCUUGCGCUUCAUGUCCUAAGUUAUGUUCUAUGUCCUUCUCAGGGGUCCUGUUCUGUUGUUCUCCACG